UAGGAGCCGGGAUUCCGUGUGCGGCCCGCGCCUAGUGUCUCGUUCCCAGCCUCCAGGGCGGUUUGUCAAUCCUCGAUAUGCUUUUCACGGGAGUUGCAAUUCUCGCAACGUUCGUUUGGGUUACCUCAACACCACAUAUGGCCUGACCCACGAGUCAGGUCGAUCAGAGAUAGUCCCGAUCAGCUCUUGCCGGCAUCAAUUUUAAACGUAUCAUCUUGCUCCCGCUGCCUGUAUCAUCGUAUCACCCAGAUUUCUGCCAUCCAGACGCUGGUAAACGGAACGGCCGCGAUAAUGGAUCUGGACAAGAUAGACCCACCCAUGCUUCCACCGGGGACGGACCCGGACGACCUUGAGAACCUUAUCGCCACCUACUACUACUCGUGCCGCGAAGUGUCCCAGUUCUGCCCCGUCGAGGCCACAACCCUGGGCUACUACCCCAACCGUGGGAUCAACAUAUUCUUUGCCAUUGGCUAUGGCAUCGCCAUGGUGGUGACGCUGGUCUUUGGGUUAUGGAAGAAGACGUGGAGUUACACCGCGUUUUUGGCGGCAGGAUGCGCAUUGGAGCUCGCUGGCUACGCCGCGCGGAUCCCCCUAACCGACAACCCGUGGAACAACCAAGCCUUCGAAACACAAAUCGUCGCCAUCAUCCUGGCGCCGACGCUCGUGUGCAUCUCGGUCUACCUGACGCUCAAGCAUUUGUGUCUGGCCGUCAACCCGGCGCUGUCGCGCGUUCGCCCGCAUUUGUACCCUUUCGUCUUUGUCCCCCUCGACGUCUCGUGCCUGUGCGUGCAGGCCAUCGGCGGCGCCCUGGCUGCCAGCGGUGCGCGGAGUAAUUUUGCUAUUGUGCAGCACGGCAACAGGGCUAUCCUCGCGGGGAUUGUGCUGCAGGUGGUGGUACUGUUGUUUUUUGGCUCUGCGGCGGGCGAUUAUUACCUGCGGGUUAGGAAGUGGAUCAAGUCUGGCGAGGCCGCCGCAGAGGCUCUGGCGCUGUGGAAUGACAAGAAGCUGAGGAUGUUUGUGUACGCUGUAGCCGGGGCGUACAGCGGCAUCUUGAUACGGUGCAUUUACCGAAUCGCCGAAAUGGCUGGCGGCUGGGGUAACCCCAUUAUGCAAGACGAGCCCUCGUUUAUUGUCCUGGAGGGAUUUAUGGUCCUCAUCCCGUGCAUUCUCCUGGCCGUCUUCCCGCCUGGCAUCUUGUUCCCGCAGAUGGCGGCGCGCAUGUCGGCCUCGGGGCCAAUGCGCCAGGACGGAAACGCUCAGGACCCCGAGAAACACGUGCAGCCUGAUGGACAAGGUGGCGGUGAACAGGAAAAGGAAGGGGCCAGACCAGGUCUUGGUAAAGGGCAAGCUAAGGAAGUUGAGGCAUGAGAAGAAAAGGCGUAAGACCGCCAGUGGUAUAUUUGCAACCCCAAACCCACGACGACGGGGCAUAUGAUAGCAUGGAGCGAACUUACUAUCCCGUGACAGUGCAUCUCGGAUUGUCACCUGGAUUAUUUUCUGAGUUUUGCGACGUUUGUCUGGUGCUGCGCUCUAUUCGUCCUCGCCACAAGGUGAUAAGUACCUAAGACUAAGAGCCAGUAAUCGUUAUACUCGAUCUUGAAAUGGAAAGAAACUCGGGAC